AUGCUCAAAGGAGGCCAGACGAUUGGGAAACGAUGUCCUAGUUUGCUUAGGAGGCUUUGUACUUCUUCCCCCAACUCCUUCCAAGCCCUCAAGCCCAAGCCCUUGCGACCGGUAUCGACGAAGCGACACGAAAUUAGGGAGGAGAAUGUCACGCAGCGGGAGGGUCAAGCGAGGGCGACAGCGGUGCAGCGAGUCAAGCGAAACGAGCUGGGAGUGCAGUUACUCUCGCGAAAGCUGCACGAGCAGGUUUUCAAGAACGUCUCGUUCCCCUCUCCACCAGAGUCCUUCGUCAAUAUCGCAAGAGAGCAUAUCAAGUCCCAUGGCCUCGACCCGACCCAAGGGUCUGUUCUGCCCGACGUCGGAUUCGAUUUACCCGCAUUACAGGGCCCCUCGCUCCUCCACCAUUUCCACAACAUUGGCUCCGACAUGGCGCAGCCGUGGUUGUCACUUGCCCAGGAUUUUGCCGACGCGACUCUGCCGCCCUUGCCAGAGCAGUGGGAUAUCCAGGCAGGCUGGACGAAGUACCACUAUCUCGAAGACGGAUCGAGCUACAGCGAACACGUCGAAUACCCAGCUCACGAGACGAUGCUCGCGUUCGAUGUCGAGACGCUGCCGAACGAGCACUCGUACGCUAUCAUGGCCUGCGCGGCUUCACCCAAUGCCUGGUACGCGUGGAUAUCCCCAUGGCUACUCGGCCAGACGGACGAUCCUCGACAGCUGGUGUCCAUGGGGGACAGAGACAUCGCACGUGUGGUCGUCGGACACAACGUCUCAUAUGACCGCGCGCGGAUCCUUGAGGAGUACGACUUGGCGCCGACGAAGACGCGGUUCCUUGACACGAUGGCCCUGCAUGUCGCUGUCAAAGGGAUCUCGUCGAACCAGCGCCCCGCCUGGGUGAGGCACAAGAAGUCAAAGGAGACGGAGCAGACGCAGAAAGAGGAGGCGCAGGAGACGCUGCUGGAGAUGCUAGCGAAGUGCGACGAUGAAUUGCAGUCGCCUCAGGAUACCCAGCGCGAAUCAGAGCUGCAGCAACUACGUGUGGAGCUCUCUGAGAGCUUAUGGACUUCAGUUGAGACGGACGGUGAGACGGACUCCAAACGAUGGGAAGACAUUACAUCCGCUAAUUCACUUGCGGAUGUCGCAAAACUCCACUGCGGCAUUCAAAUGGACAAGGAAAUCCGAAACGACUUCAUGAAGCUCGAUCGUGCGGCAAUUCUCGCCGGUCUUACGGACUAUCUAACGUAUUGCGCCACCGACGUCCAUGUCACCCAUUCGGUGUUCGAGCGUGUUUUGCCUGCGUUCCUUCACUCAUGUCCUCAUCCAGUGUCAUUUGCGGGCAUCCUCACCAUGGGUAGCAGCUUCCUCUGUGUUAAUGAAGAAUGGGAGAAAUACAUCGAACGCGCCGAAUCGGUGUAUCAAGGUAUGGCGGAAAGCGUGAAGGCGAAACUUAAGCUUCUAGCGGAAGAAGCCAGAAGGCUGAUGCGACCUGAAGGAGGGGGCGAAUGGGAGUCCGAUCCUUGGUUGAGUCAGCUAGAUUGGACACCUAAAGUACCCAAGAAGUCGCGAGGCAUAAUACCUGCUGCAGUCGCAGAUGUUGAGGUCAAGCCGGUUCCCAAAGCCCCUAGUACCAAAGCACACACAUCAGAAGAACCACGUUUCAUCACUGUCCCUACUUGGUAUGCAAAGCUACGCAAAAGCCCUCUACUAUCCGGCCCAAUCAAGACGAGAAUGCUUCCCCUACUAUUGAAACUCGAAUACGAUGGACAUCCCUUAGUUUCCUCUAAAACCGAGUCGUGGCAUUAUAUUGAAAACGACGAGGUGAAACGGCUCCCCACUGCUGUUAACACUAAGAUUCAUACCAUCAUGUCGCCGAAACAUCUCAUUCCUGCGCUAGAGAGCGGGCGGUUGACGUCAAAAGACCCGGAGCUUGCCACCGCCCUUUCGCUCGACAAGGACCCGGAUCUGGAAGCCCGAGUCUUGGAGUACGCGCAACGUAUCUUAGACGAAUACAGCACGACCGGAAAGGAUGACCCAUCCCUUUCGCUCCUCGAUUGGAAGCUCGUUGAGAUACCGGAUGACCUUGCUUAUACUCCCCCGAAGAAACACGGAAGGGCGGCCAGCACGAAGGUCAAAGCGCCGAAGUAUGUCGAAGUGUGGCCGAAGUGGUACUGGGACGCUACGGCCCCGCAGAAAGGCUUACCUCCAGGGACCCUUGAUAUCACUACUCGCUCCCACCUUGCGCCAAUACUCUUACGACUUUCCUGGUUGGGUCAUCCCCUCUUUAAAUCUCGAGAGCACGGCUGGACAUUCCGCGUCCCGUCGAACGGCAAAUUCACUACUCGAUCUUCACCGUUGACAUUCUACGACCCCGCGGACGAUACCCUCGCGGAAAUGGCACUGAGGGGCGGAUAUGUUUUCUACAAACUGCCUCAUAAGGACGGAGAUAAAGCUAACGUUGGUAAUCCUCUGUCCAAGCCCUUUAUGAAGUUCGCGCAGGACGGAACAUUGAAGAGUCCCGAUAAGACCGCGACGGAAGCCUUGGAUAUGAACGCGCAAUGUAGUUAUUGGAUCAGUGCUCGAGAUCGCGUUCUGGGCCAGAUGGUUGUUUGGCAAGACGACAAACGAACGCUGGGAGUUGCAGACAAGCCGAGUGAGGAUAAGAAGUGGGGAAUCAUCCUACCUCAGAUGAUCACGAUGGGCACCGUUACUCGGAGGGCAAUCGAGAAGACGUGGCUCACUGCCAGUAAUGCUAAGAAGAAUCGCGUUGGAUCAGAGCUCAAGGCUAUGGUCCGUGCUCCCCCAGGCUAUGCUAUCGUUGGCGCGGACGUCGAUUCGGAGGAACUGUGGAUAUCUAGCUGCAUGGGCGACGCUCAAUUCGGGUUGCACGGAGCGACAGCUCUGGGCUGGAUGACGCUUGAAGGCACGAAGGCCUCCGGAACAGAUCUUCAUAGCAAGACAGCCAAUAUCCUCGGUAUCUCUCGCGAUGACGCCAAAGUCUUCAACUACUCGCGCAUUUAUGGUGCCGGUAUGCGACACGCUAUCCUCCUUCUCCUGCAAUCAAACGCCGGUAUGCUACCUGAACAAGCACAGAAGCUCGCUGAGAAUCUAUACGCAUCGACGAAAGGCAAGAAUACUCAUCGUAACGAUAUCUUCGGACGCAAAUUCUGGUUUGGAGGGACGGAAAGCUUUGUGUUCAACAAGCUCGAAGAAAUUGCGCUAUCAGACUCGCCUGAGACCCCUGCCCUUGGAUGCGGCGUUACCCAUGCGCUGUCUAAGAAAUACCUUCCCCCCGACUUUGGCUCCGAUUAUAUGCCUUCACGAAUCAACUGGGUAGUUCAAUCGUCUGGCGUGGAUUACCUUCAUCUCCUCAUCGUUUCAAUGGACCAUCUCAUCCGCCGUUACAACCUUCAAGCCCGUUUCCUCAUAUCCGUGCAUGACGAGCUGCGAUACUUGGUGAAGGAAGAGGACAAAUACCGAGUCGCUUUGGCCCUUCAGGUGGCGAACCUGUGGACAAGAAGUAUGUUCGCCGUGAAGCUAGGCAUGGACGAUCUUCCCCAGAGUGUGGCUUUCUUCUCCGCCGUUGACAUCGAUCAUGUUUUACGCAAAGAAGUCGACUUGCCCUGCGUAACGCCGUCGCAACCCACCCCCAUCUCACCUGGAGAAAGCCUAGAUAUAUUGAAAGUGCUGGAAAAAACUGAUGGGGGGUCGUUCUUGCGAGAAGAAAAAUCAUCAUCUAUGCAAGGAGGCAACAUGCCAUCAACACCUGCAGCUUUCGUUCAGCCCGAUUGUCUCGUACACCGCGCCCCUUCCGCUGCGUUCUUGCAAGCCCAGUCUACAAAUGAUUUCGAGGAGAUCAAAUACCUUUCCGGACAGUCCUCCGGAAAGAUAGUCACUGGUGGCAUAGGAGGCGGCAGCCGUCCGGAAAGGCAGCGACGCCGUCGCGCACCCAUCGGUGCAGGUGGGAGCAUAGACGCUGACCAGGAAAUCGUUCGUUGCCAAGAUUUGGAGCAUUCGUCUUAG